AUGCCUACAAAUAAUUCCACAAACCUCAACCACAACCUUUCCUCUCCAUCAACAACCAUCCAGCUUGGAUCUACAGACGCUGUUGCUCUUUCUGCUUCUUCUUCUUCUCUCUCAUCAACUUCCUCUUCAAACCUCUCUCUCGUUUCUCCAUCCUCAUCAACAUCCUCUUUCUCAGACUUCUCUAUGUCUCUCAUCUCUCCGGCCCCUACCCCAUCCCCAGACCACCUCAAGAAGCAGCAGGCUGCUGGAUCUGCCUCUGCUCAGUCUGUCUCUAAUUCGGCCCCAACAGGUGCCUUUCUGACCAACCUUGUUGGUGCUCCGGCUGCUCCGGUCCAAGCCGAACAAUCUCCGCUUUCGUUUACGGCCGGUAACCUGUCAUCAACCCUUAAGGCUCUCAACAGCUCAGGCCCCGCACAACGGGCUUCACAAGCUUUACCCCCACAACAACAACCACAACCACAACAACUGGCAUCAGUCACACAAAAGCCUUCUGCAAUCGCGUCAAUCCAACUCGACAAUACUCUCCCCAUUGUUGUGUGCGAGUCACGCGCACGCAUCCCACUCACAACUGGCGGCGAGAUUUUCUUGCACGUUUACCGCAACAAUGUGGACACAAAAGAACACAUUGCAUUUGUGUUUGGUGACCGUAUCCGUUCAAAGUCUUUGUUUGCAGCACGACCAGGAGAGACCGAAGAGGACCGCAUGGUGCGCGGAGCGUACGAUGGAACUUUGUUCCCUGGUCGUCAAGCUUCCAAGAUUGCAGAUACAAACUCAAAGACUUGUCCUCAUCACAACUCGAAUACUACAACUCGUCAUAAAGAUACCCUGGUACGCAUCCACUCUGAGUGCUACACUGGUGAAACUGCGUGGUCUGCCCGGUGCGACUGCGGUGAGCAGCUGGACGAGGCUGCUAGAGUCAUGGCACAAGAAGGUGAAGGUGUCAUUGUAUAUUUGCGUCAAGAAGGCCGGGGCAUUGGUCUUGCAGAAAAGCUCAAGGCAUACAAUCUCCAGGAUCUGGGAGCAGAUACUGUAACUGCCAACUUGAUGCUGCGGCACCCUGCGGAUGCACGAUCUUUUGGUCUUGCUACAGCCAUUCUGUUGGAUCUGGGGCUUCAUGAUGUGCGUCUCAUGACUAACAACCCGGACAAGAUUCGAGCAGUAGAGGGCAAAAACCAUGAGAUUCAUGUUACAGAGCGUGUUCCCAUGGUGCCAUUAUCGUGGCAGAACAAGGGAGGCUUUCAAAGCAAGGAAGUUGAUCAGUAUCUCAAGACUAAGAUAGAGCGCAUGGGUCAUAUGAUUCAUGAGUAA